GUUAUCCUUCACUUUCGUUCCCUUUUCCUGUUGAUCAAACAGUGUAAAGUCUUCCGUGCGAAGUUGCAGGAGUUGGAAAGAAGUUAGAACAAACCCCCCACGCCCACCGCCGAGGAAUCACUUCUCCGUGUCACUUUCGCCACCCGCCUGACACAUCUGUUGCCGGCAAAACAAAUAUCUUUUAUCUGGAGGAUCAAAAUUAAAGAAAGAGGCAAAAAAAAAAAAAGUAACGUCAAUGAACAUCUUCUCAAAGAAGCCCACCGCCAAAGGUUCCUUUUCAGCGCCCAUUCUUAAUUCUCUCGAGUUUGGUGUCGUCUAAUUCUUCUGAUCAAAAUUCUCUAUAGUCUUCCCUUUUCCUUUUAUGGGUAUAUGACGAACUCUUUUAUGGGUUGACUUGUGAACUCAUCGAGUCAUUGUACUACUAGUGAGGCUCUGCGACAGAGCAAAAGAGAAAUGACCAAUGCCACCAGAGGUAUUGAGAGAGAAAUUACUGGACUACAAUUAGAGGAAAAGAAGCUUGUUGCUGAGAUAAAGAGAACUGCUAAGACAGGCAAUGAGGCAGCAGCCAAAACUCUAGCACGUCAACUGGUUAGGCUGAGACAGCAGAUAGCCAACUUGCAGGGUAGUCGAGCUCAAAUGAGAGGUAUUGCUACUCACACUCAGGCAAUUUCUGCCCACUCUUCGGUCGCUGUCGGCAUGAAAGGUGCUACUAAAGCUAUGUCAGCAAUGAAUAAGCAAAUGUCCCCAGCAAAUCAGGCAAAGGUAAUGCAAGAGUUCCAGAAGCAAUCAGGGCAGAUGGACAUGACGACUGAGAUGAUGUCAGAUGCCAUAGAUGAUGUUCUGGAUGAUGAUGAUGCGGAAGAUGAAAGUGAAGAGUUGACGAAUCAGGUGCUAGAUGAAAUUGGCGUUGAUGUUGCCUCACAGUUGUCAGCAGCUCCCAGGGGAAAAAUUGCUGGGAAGAACACUGAGGAUGGAAGCAGUUCGGGGAUUGAUGAUCUGGAGAAGAGAUUGGCUGCGCUUAGAAAUCCCUAAGGGAUUGUCUUUGGAUUGGUUACCGUGUUUCCUCCCAGAUUGUUGAUUGGCAGUACGGUCUGCAGUUAUUCACAGUUGUACAUGUCACAUAUUUGUCCUACCAUUUUGUAAAAACAAAGUUAGCUAACCCUGUUUUUCAUUACAUUGAGGCCAUGUGUGAUAGAUUUUAAGUAGGAAGAAUGCUCGAAAUUUUUUUCAGUAGAAUUAUGUGCCUUGGGCUAUACGUUUAUUCAGUUCCGAAAUCCAUGUGAUUACAUUAGAAUUCAGCUUUCAGCCACAUUUU